ACUUGGGGAGGUGUAGACCUCCAGGUGUGGGGCCAUGUUCCAGGGAGAGCAGUACUCGCGAGCAGUACUCAUCUGGAGGUGCACUGUGUACUGUGCUGUACUGGGGAGGGCUGUCAGGAGUCCCCAGGGGUUCGAGGUGGGGGCACCCAGGAGCCAUAGGAACCAGGGUGCGAAUGAAGUCCUCACAAUCAUUCCGUCCGCCACCCUUCACAAAACGGGUCUCCAGGCCGUAGGGUGAAAGUGGCCCAAGUUCCAAGAUGCUCCCUCUAGUGUCUUGUGCGCUCACAGCUUUUCUCCCCCCGACCUUGUAGACGCCGGGCGAUCUAAGGCCAUCCACUUGAGUAAGUCUAAGGAGCUACCAAUCAAGUCCCGCCCGCCUCUGCAGUGCCUGGGUUGGAGCUCCCUGGACCUGCGUCUGUCACUCCUUCGCUUCCUCCUCUCCCAUUGGCCGCGGGGAGAGGGAGGCAGCUUUUUUUUUUUUUUUUAUCGAUUGGGCGGGGCCCAAUCAAGGGAGGGUCGGUCGGAUCUUUGAUGCCUUUUUUUUGCCCGAUUCCAAGAUGGCGUGGAUGACCACGCUGGGAAUGCAGCGUGAAGCCGCAGUUCUGCCAUCACUCAAGAUGGCUGCCCCCAUCAAGAUGACCGGGGUGUGCCGGGGGAAAGGGGGCAGCAGGAUGGUCUGAGACGGUGUAGCGUCGGACCAUGUGGAAGUUUCUGGGACUGGGGAGUCGGAUGAUGGGGGGGUGGGGCCCGUGGGGGGUAGAGGGAGCAAUAGCGUCCUUUCUCAGGCUAACCCCGGCCCCUCCCCUGUCCUCUGGACUGAAAUGGGGAACACGCUGGGCCUGGCACCGAUGGGGGCUUUGCCCCGCCGGAGCCCCCGGCGAGAGGAACCUCUGCCCAACCCUGGGAGCUUCGAUGAGCUGCACCGGCUAUGCAAAGAUGUGUUCCCAGCACAGAUGGAGGGAGUGAAGCUGGUUGUCAACAAGGUUCUGAGCAGCCAUUUCCAGGUGGCUCACACCGUGCAUAUGAGUGCUCUGGGCUUGCCAGGCUAUCACCUCCACGCGGCCUACGCGGGGGACUGGCAACUUAGCCCCACCGAGGUGUUCCCCACUGUGGUAGGGGAUAUGGACAGCAGCGGCAGCCUCAACGCCCAGGUCCUGCUCCUCCUGGCAGAGCGGCUCCGAGCCAAGGCUGUCUUCCAGACGCAGCAGGCCAAGUUCCUGACGUGGCAGUUCGAUGGCGAGUAUCGAGGAGAUGACUACACGGCUACUCUGACCCUGGGGAAUCCUGACCUGAUUGGGGAGUCGGUGAUCAUGGUCGCUCACUUCCUGCAGAGCCUCACCCAUCGGCUGGUGCUGGGAGGAGAGUUAGUUUAUCACCGGCGGCCAGGCGAAGAGGGGGCCAUCUUGACCCUGGCUGGGAAGUACUCGGCCCUGCACUGGGUGGCCACGUUGAAUGUGGGAUCAGGUGGGGCCCAUGCAAGUUAUUACCACAGGGCCAACGAACAGGUUCAGGUCGGGGUGGAGUUUGAGGCAAACACGAGGCUACAAGACACAACCUUCUCCUUUGGUUACCACCUGACUCUGCCCCAGGCCAACAUGGUGUUUAGAGGCUUGGUGGACAGUAACUGGUGUGUGGGUGCCGUGCUGGAGAAGAAGAUGCCCCCCUUGCCUGUCACCCUAGCCCUCGGAGCCUUCCUCAACCACUGGCGGAACAGGUUCCAUUGUGGGUUCAGCAUCACUGUGGGCUGAGGUUGUCCCAGAGCCGGCACCCGCUGAAGCUGGAGCCUCCGAGUCAGGUGCCCGAGGGCCAGAGACUAGGCCCCUCUCCAGAGCCCACCCUGCUGGGUGACCUCUAGGUCCCAGGAGCAGAGUGGCGGACAGGGCCGUGCCCUCCUCAGAACUGGGGCUGCCGCAGGGGCGGCUGCCGAGGGGCUGGCGUGAGGCUCCGACCUCUGCCACCCCCCCCCCCCCCCCCCCGGCGUCCUCUUCCUGUGCUCUUGUGGCUCUGGACUGAGGGAGAAGGAUUAGGGGGUCUGUCUGGCUGACUUCUCUCCCCUCA